AUGCUCAGGCCAAUUCUUCGUGCCUCGCCUCGAGGUAUUUUCUCUGUUCCCCGCCAGUUACGCACGCUGGCCACCAAGAAACAGCACUCCCUUCCCGCCGCUUAUUACCGCGGAGGAACUUCCCGCGCCGUUUUCUUCAAGCAGGACGACCUCCCGCACGACCGGGAGCAAUGGGCUCACAUUUUCCGCAGCGUAAUUGGCAGUCCUGAUCCGUAUGGUCGCCAGCUAGAUGGCAUGGGAGGCGGCAUCUCAAGUCUCUCCAAAGUCUGCGUGGUUGGCAAAUCUACGCAUCCCGACGCCGAUGUGGACUACACCUUUAUCGCAUUGGGCGUUAAUACGCCUGAAGUUGACUACUCGAGCAACUGCGGCAAUAUGAUCAGUGCUGUCGGUCCUUAUGCCGUUGAUGCUGGUCUCUUUUCGACUACUGGUGAUUCCUGCUCAGUGACAGUGCGCAUCCACAACACCAAUACCGGCAAGAUUAUUCACUCCUCGUUUCCCAUUGUCGAUGCAGAGGCCGCGACAAGCGGCGACUUUUCUAUUGAUGGUGUCGCAGGCACAGCAGCCCGUGUGCAGUUGGACUUUGUUGAUCCCGCUGGGUCUCGGACGGGCAAGCUUCUUCCUACAGGGCAAGUCCGGGAUACAUUCGACGGCAUUACAGCCACUUGUAUCGACGUCGCAAACCCCUGUGUGUUCGUCCAGGCGGCCGAAUUGGGUGUCCCGGCGAAUAUGACCCCGGAUGAGAUCACAGUGCAUCCGGAUCUGCUUCCGCGUUUGGAUUCUAUUCGCCGCCAGGCAGGUGUCAAGAUGGGCUUGGCUGAGGCGCUGGAGAAAGUGCCAGGCAGUGUUCCAAAGAUCUGUCUUGUCUCUUCACCAACAAAUGAUGCCCGGGCCAAGGAGCAGAACCAAACGGCCGAGAAAGUUGAUCUCGUCGCCCGCGCUCUCUCUGUCGGCCAGCCGCACAAGGCAGUGCCUAUCACUGUUGCGUUGGCUCUGGCAUCUGCUGCGCGACUGUCGGGAAGUACGGUAAAUGAAGUUGCAAGCACUGACCGAGUUGAUGAUGCUGGUGUUACGAUUGGACAUGCUAGUGGGAAUCUACUGGUUGGAGCGAUGUUCGAUAAGAAUGGUGGUUUGAACGCUGCUACAGUGUUUCGGACGGCGCGUCGGGUGUUCGAGGGUCGGAUAUUUUGGAAGAAUGAAUCCUGA